AUAGGUCAGGUUUCGUUGCAGCGGAGUCUCCUUCAGCUCGUCCUCCAGCCGGUGACGCUUGCCUCGCCCAGUGCGGUUUGAGGAACAUCGCUCCUAAAAGUCACGUUAGUCCACCUCUAGACACGUCUACAACCGAAGCAAUGGCCGUGCCUCCUUCAUACGCUGAUCUGGGCAAGUCCGCAAAGGACAUCUUCAACAAGGGCUACGGGUUUGGCCUGGUGAAGCUUGACGUCAAGACCAAGUCGGCCAGUGGAGUGGAAUUCAAGACAUCGGGUUCCUCCAACACAGACACCAGCAAGGUCGUAGGCAGCCUGGAAACCAAAUACAAGCGGGCCGAGUAUGGCCUGACCUUCACUGAGAAGUGGAACACCGACAACACCCUGGGAACAGAAAUCACCAUCGAAGAUCAGAUUGCCAAGGGACUGAAGUUAACCUUUGACACAACCUUCUCACCAAAUACGGGCAAGAAGAGCGGCAAGGUCAAGACCGCCUACAAGCGCGAGUACGUCAACCUGGGCUGCGACGUGGACUUCGAUUUCGCCGGCCCCACCAUCCACGGAGCGGGCGUGGUGGGCUACGAGGGCUGGCUGGCCGGGUACCAGAUGACCUUUGACACCGCCAAGUCCAAGAUGACGCAGAACAACUUUGCCAUCGGUUACAAGACGGGAGACUUCCAGCUGCAUACUAACGUCAACGACGGCGCGGAGUUUGGAGGUUCCAUCUACCAGAAGGUCAGCGACAAGCUGGAGACUGCGGUCAACCUGGCGUGGACCGCUGGCAGCAACAGCACACGCUUUGGCAUCGCCGCUAAAUACCAGCUGGACAAGGACGCCUCCGUUAGCGCAAAGGUGAACAACAACAGCCUGGUGGGGAUCGGAUACACCCAGACUCUUAGACCAGGUGUGAAACUCACCCUGGCUGGCCUGGUGGACGGGAAGAACAUCAACGCCGGAGGCCACAAGCUGGGUCUGGGCUUGGAACUGGAAGCCUAAAGCGCUUUCCUCCCACACUAAGGAACUCCGGAAUAUCAGAAGCAAAUUUGGCCUUAACGUUAUUUCCCAACCAGCAAGCGGGGGACAUCUGGAAGAGAUCGGGUUCAAAGGCUACAGCGACAAACUCUGAGCACUGCGUCACGCCGGUGCUUUUCUUUGUAUUAUUUAUAUCUUAAACGUAAUCUCAUGUUCCUGUCCAGCACUGCCAUAAUCAUCGAAUAGUCCAGUGGUGUCACUACAUCUGAUAUUCCUCAGUUUUAAAAAUACACCAGGCUUCCUUUGCUGUCCAAAUAAAUCCUUCCCUCCUUCCGCUCACACACAAACACACACUAGGGCGAGCUGAAGCUCUGCGACCCGUCCGCCAUCAGAACCUUCAACUCGGCAGUUUUUGGGUUCAUCUUGGCCGACCGAGCGAGCAAACGCGUUGGGAGUUCUCAACAGCCAAACUAUGAAAUCUCAAAGAAGAGUUAAGUGUAAGUCACCUUCUUCUACGUGGAGGUCCUUUUGUGUUUGCUAACUUUUCAAUAAAGUCUCAACUCCAAAUGCC